UUGCGUCGUCGAGUAAGCACAGCGCCUCGUUGAGUAUACCACCAAGUUAUACGAGAUCAUUGCGGCCACUGACUUAAACACAUGCCCCGUCAAGAGCGCGUCUUUUAUAGUCCGUGCCAAUCGCAAAAAAACCGAUCAUUAUCUCACCCUCGUUAAACCAAAUUGCAGCAUUAAGUAUAUGGAGAUUGUUGCAUGCUAAUAUAUUCGUGGUGAAGUGUCCCACUGAGGAAUAAACGUCAAGUGUGUGCUCUCGAGAUAGUUUGAGAUUUUAAAUUGCGGAUAGCUUUUGUUUGAAGUUCGAUCGACGAUCAUGGACUCGAUGCAUUUUUUGACGGUCGUCGUUGUUCUGGUCGGUUUGACAGCAAAUCGCGGUGGAUAUGGAAUCUCUGAGCCACCUUUAAAUUACAAUGGUUCUAAGAGAACGGGCUGUUUGGGUGGAUCGCGAGAUGGAAACCAACCCGGGGACCGAGUCGAUUCUUCGAUGCGAUUGCGGCAACUCCGAUCGGAAAUGGUUCGAAUAACUUCUGUACAAGGCCCACCUCUGGAUGGAUACAUCGUUACAUCGGACGACGACCAUCAAAGUGCAGGAUUCGUAAGACACGGCCGCGAAGGUCCUUCGGAGAGCGAGUCUUUGGCGCCGCACGACAUGAGACGAGAGUUCGUAACAGGAUUUUACGGGAGUGCCGGCGAGGCCGUUGUGACCUUGCACAAAGCUCUUCUUUGGACAGAUGGCCGAUAUCAUCUUCAAGCUGAUCAACAACUUGAUUGCAACUGGAUUCUCAUGAGACAAGGCAGUCUAGAUGUGCCAACAAUAACAGAAUGGCUGAAAUAUGAAUUUUCGAAUUAUACGGAAGUGAGAAUUGGCGCCGAUCCAAUAUUAAUUCCUGCGUCCACGUGGCAAGAAUGGGAAACAGAUUUGGUAAAUACUCCAAUCAAAUUGAUCGCAGUUCCGAGUAAUCUCGUCGACAUAAUUUGGCAAGUGGAUCGACCAAAUUACAAUUCUUACGGAGCUUAUCCAUUCCCCAUCGAAUAUGCUGGCCAGCCUUGGCAAGAAAAAGUCAAACGUAUCAGAUUGGAGAUGGAAAUAAUCGGAGCUGAUGCUCUCGUAGUAACUUCCCUCGAUGAGAUCGCGUGGCUCUUGAAUAUUCGCGGUUAUGACUUGCCCAAUACGCCUGUUCUACGCUCUUACGUCAUUCUUACCCAAGGAGCCGUGCAUCUCUACGCGCCUCGACAAAAAGUCUUGCGAGCUGUCGACAUUCAUUUGAAAAUGGACUCGUGCUUUCACGCUGACUGUGUCAAAUGGCACAACUACACAACUGUUUGGGAAGAUUUGAGAACGAUGUCUCAGGCUUGGAACGUCGUUUGGUUGCCUGCUCCGUGCGGGUACACUCAAGGAGCUUCUAGAGAAAUAUACAUGUCUAUUCCAGUAGAAAAACGCCUGGCCAAAGCUUCACCUAUACUAGAUCUCCGAGCCGAAAAAAAUGAGGUGGAGGCCGAGGGCAUGAGAAAAUCUCAUAUACGUGACGCAAUGGCAAUGUGCGACUUUUUGGCUUACAUGGAAGAACAAAUAAAACUCGAUUCGGCCGGUUGGGACGAAAUGCAGGUGGCCCGCGUUGCCAACGAAUUUCGCCUCGAACAGGAUCUCAGCAAGGGCAUUUCAUUCCCAACGAUUGCUGGAUACGGCGUACACGGAGCUCUGCCACAUUACAUGCCCUCUGAAAAAUCAAGCAUCCCAAUCGGCACCACUUCGACUUUGAUCGUCGAUUCCGGAGGACAGUAUCUUGAUGGAACGACCGAUGUGACGAGAACGUUGCACUACGGGGAGCCAACUCAAGAGCAAAAAGAAGCUUAUACCAGGGUACUCGUGGGCUCGAUACAGCUAGCCUCGCUGACCUUUCCAAGCGACCUGCGGACCGAUCAAUUGGACGCUCUUGCGAGAGGACCUUUGUGGAACGCUGGUCACGAUUAUAUGCACGGUACCGGUCAUGGAAUCGGUCAUUUCGGCUCCGUUCACGAAUCUCCAAUAAGUGUAUCUUAUGUGGAUCGAGUUCCUGCCAAUUUACGUUGUAAUACGGUACGAUUAAGGCCAGGUUUUUUCUUCUCCAAUGAGCCAGGAUAUUACAAAGAAGGUGAUUUUGGUGUACGAUUGGAGAACAUCCUCGAAGUAGUCGAUGCCGAUACGCCCCGUUUUGGCAGACGAACAUUCUUGAAGUUCAACGACGUCACCCUCGUUCCGUACGAACCAAAAUUAAUAGACGUUAAAAUGUUGAGUCCUGCUCACCGACAGUGGCUGAACAAAUAUAAUCGGCGAAUACGUGAACAAGUUGGUUCCCAACUGAAAAGGACGUUACGUACAAAAACGUUUUUCUGGAUGAUGGAGAAAACGCGAAGCAUUCCUGAAUGGGGCGACGUCGAUGAAGAUUUUUUUCGCGGAAAUUCUUCCACGUUUCAGCACUCUCACGUUCUCGUUAUUUCUGUAAUUCUUUAUCAUGUAUGGACAGGUGGAUGGUCGAAGCUCAGGAGCUAGAGAACAGUAACGUAGAAGAAGGAAUGACGCUUCUCCACAUGAAUUCACAAACUUUUCUAUCGCAUUUGAGCAUCGUCGAAUUGCACGUUCCGAGAAUGAAAGAGAAUUGAAAAAUGGGUGCGAUUAUUCUACGCUUGUCACGCGAGACCUUUUUAACUGCCAACGUUCAAGUUCGCCUGAUGGAAUAUAGUACAUAAGAAAUAAUAUAUAUGAAGUACAGAGUAAAAGUGAUAUGUAAUAUCACUAUAUCAUUAAUUAGGAAUAAUAAUUUGAGAUUCUACUUAUAAGUGUCGUUACCAGUUUAUUUUGGGUUUCGCCGUUGGAACGUUUUGAUGGAAAAAUUCAAAAAAUUCAAUUCGAGCAAGCAAGCUCGAACGAAGUUGAUUCAUUUUUUUUGCUUCACUAAAUUCCAAAGAAUUCGUAGAAAAAUAAACGUAGUUCAAAAGCUAUGGUGUGAUAGUUUUUCAAAGCUUUAUGACGUUAAAAAAAUUAUUAAUCCUAUUAAAUAAAACAAUGAAAAUAAGUACAGACGAGCUCACUGAUUUUCUACGUUCAAACAAGCGAGGUAUAUUUUGUCACUUUCGCAUACCCACUGCACAGCUAUGAAAUUCGCUAUUAAGAUAAAAAUGUACAAUAACUUUUCGAAAGAGAAAAGUUGUAUUUCAAAACAAUCACAUUUUCCGAGUACAAUAUUUUAUUGCGUAUUCCGUAAACACUGCAAUAAAAAAAUUUGAUUUAA